CUCGGAUGGUGGCGACGAAGAAGCGUCCAGUGACCGCGCGCCGCCAAGAGCAGUGUCGUAACAACCAGCGACGGUACCGCGAGCAAGCCCGGAGCCUCAAAGAGCAGCUCGAGGCCCAGGUCCUUGAGCUCAUGCGGACCACGGCACGGCUCGAGGGCCACGUCGAGACGUACAAGCAAACGCUGGCGUGGAAGGCGAGGCAAGGACCGAUGGGCCGCGACCUCGAGCGGUGUCGCAACUACUGGCGCGUCAUGGCAUCUGGCUACGCGGCGCACGAUCCCAACUUGGCCGCACACCAAGUGGCGACGAUCCGAGGGCUCUUCGCCGAGACAGUAGCCGUCAUGGGCACGACGGGUGUUGAAAAGAUCCUGGACCAGAACCGCCAGUAUGCCUACACGUUUGCCACCAUUCACAUGCAGCUCGAUACGGCCGAGGUCAUGGAGCUCGACCAUGGUCACGUCGUGCGAAGCUGCGGCUCGCUGCGCUUGGGGGUGACCGCCGAAACGCUCAGUAGCGUCUGCCCUCACGUGCUGGAGCAGCCGCGUCUGCGCGCGCGGCUCGAAGGCCGCAUCCUCGACUGCCCGCUGCAGCUCACCUUUGCCUUUGCGCCGCACCACCCCGCGUAUCCAAGCGAGACUCGUGUGACGCGUCUCGAGUCGAGCUUGGACUUUACACGGGGCCUUGUCGCGCUGCUCUACGAUCUACAGGACGUGGUUGAUGUCAUGCACGGUGCGUUGAUCGCACCGUCGGGCGAGAUCACUUUGGCACCUCGGACGUACUACAGCCCGGACCUUGCCACACCACACAACACGGGACCGCCCCACAUCUACAGUAGCUAACCUCCCAUACUUAUCUUUCUCUAAAUUCGAGCCAACGUAUUCGGAACCGC